CGUUGGCUACUAUACCGGCAUUCCACUUGUUUGAAACUAACCUCUUUAACAAUACUGAUGUGAAUUGGGGUUUAAGGGUUGGAUUUACGAAGACAAUUAUAAUUUAAUAGUUUCAAGAGGUUUAUUUAAUUUGCAGUGGAAUAUGGGGUCAGAUCAUACGCAUAGGAGAUGGAGUCAUUUGCAAAAGGUCUUGGAAAGGUCAGGACCUUUUUGCAGGCCGGAUUUCGAACCGUCAUCUGAAACUCUAAAAUUUCUCAUGGAAAAUUGCAAAUUGUUAGUUAUUGGUGCUGGGGGCUUAGGAUGUGAAUUGCUCAAAGAUUUGGCACUAAUGGGUUUCAGGCAGAUACAUGUCAUAGAUAUGGACACUGUUGAAUUGUCCAAUUUGAAUCGGCAAUUCUUAUUCCGACACAAAGAUAUUGGAUCAUCGAAAGCUGAGAUUGCUGCAAAAUUUAUAAAUGCCAGAGUAUCUGGCUGCAAUGUAGUUUCACACUUCUGCAAAAUUCAAGACAAGGAUGAGGCUUUCUAUCGACAAUUUCACAUUGUUGUUUGUGGUUUGGAUUCGAUAGUGGCUAGAAGAUGGAUCAAUGGCAUGUUGAUAUCCUUGCUCGUUUACGAAGAUGGGGAAAUAGAUCCAUCCAGUGUAAUCCCAAUGGUUGAUGGUGGUACAGAAGGUUUCAAAGGAAAUGCCAGAGUAAUUUUACCUGGCUUAUCAGCUUGUAUAGAAUGUACUUUAGACCUGUAUCCACCACAGGUAACAUUUCCACUCUGCACGAUAGCAAACACUCCUAGAUUACCAGAGCAUUGUAUCGAGUAUGUGAAAGUAAUACAGUGGCCCAAAGAAAAUCCAUUUGAUUGCGCAAUAGAUGGUGAUGAUCCACAACACAUUAAUUGGAUCUAUGAAAAAGCCACAGAAAGAGCAGCACAGUUUGGUAUACAAGGUUUAACAUAUAGACUCGUACAGGGUGUAGUGAAGCAUAUAAUACCAGCAGUAGCGUCAACAAAUGCAGCAAUAGCUGCAUCAUGUGCAACAGAAGUUUUUAAACUUGCUACCAGUUGCUGCGCAUCAUUAAAUAAUUAUAUGGUACUCAACAAUAUCGAAGGUAUUUAUACAUACACGUAUGAAGCAGAAAAGAAGGACGACUGUCUAGCCUGCAGUCAGGUACCUCGAGAAAUAGAAAUCAAAGAUCCUAAUUGGAAACUGAAAGAUUUGAUAGAGCUUCUGUGUGAGAGAUCAGACUUGCAAAUGAAAAAUCCUGGUCUCACGGCCAACAUUAACGGUAAAAACAAGACACUGUAUAUGCACACUGUCCAAAGUAUCGAAGAGAAGACCCGUGAAAAUCUUCAAAAGACAUUGCAAGAUCUUGGCUUAAGAGAUGGCAUUGAGCUCAACGUGGCCGACGUGACAACACCUAACACAGUCACUUUAAAAUUAAAGUUCAGUCAAACCGACGUGGAAAUGCUUUAAGCUAUUUCUUGUAAUCUUUUCUUUUUCAUACGACGGAUAAUAUAGUUAGAUAUACAGUGUAUUUAUGAUUUGUACUAUAAAUGAGGAAAAGAGGAAAGAAAAACAGAAGAAACGUAGUUAAAGUUAUCGAAGCGCGCAAUUUCUUUCUCCAUACGAAUGUACUAUAAUCUUAUAGAAGGCAACACUAAAUUUCGUGUUUUCCAUCUCCUCACAAUUCAACGCUGUUACGUUUUCAAAUACUUUUUCAAAUACUUGCUCUACAUAUUUCUGUAUUUAUGUUCUUGCUCCAAUCAUGGAUCAUAGAUCGUAGCAAACUUAUUGAGUAAUACAGACAAUAAAAUUCAUGUAAUAUA